AUGGCUGAUACUGCGGUCAUUCAAUCUGCACCUAAUGGCACUGCUACGGCUCCAACUACGCCCAAUAAUGUUACUGGCCCAGACAAUGCUGCUAAUGUAGCCUUGCCUGAGGAUACGCCCGCAGAUGCUACUCUGAUAUCCAGGACCGAACGGGCAAAUGUCAAAAAUUCCCAUGGGACAUACUGGCGUUUCUGCAAGAAAUGCCGUAAUGUUCGGCCAACCAGGUGGCGUUACUGGGAGGACAGGCGAAAUCCAGCGACAUCCCGGUACUUCUGGUACUUCGUAACAUUCGCCUGGCGUUAUCUCUCCGCCAGCAGAUGCCCGGAAUGUAAGUGUUCCGUGGACGAGCCUCUUGCGUCUCCCCGGCAAGGGGAGGAGCCGAACCGAACAACGGGAUCAGAGCAGGAACGAACGAUUCAGGCGACGGAGGACGUUGAGACGCCGGAGUAA